AUGAGCGACCAAAGAUAUGUAAGUGGAAGCUCAGUCAUUCCGUUAACAAUUGGUCUCACCAGCGCUCUCAACGAGAUCGCCAGUCUGACAUAUCGGCAAGAAAAUAACAUUGACGUUUUCCCUGAUGAAGUUGAAAUGUGGCGACAGGAUCAUCUCCUCUCAGAAAUAAGCACGCGAUUUUCUAAUUUGGAACAGAGUCGAACCUACACUGUUGCUAUGUUUUUAGACCCGAGGUAUAAGUUAUACUUUGAGAGUGAAAACGUUGCGGACAAUACGAAAAAGAAUAUCAUAGGCCUAGUAACCACUAUGAUUAAUGAAAAUGAAAGAUGUCUGUCUUCAGCAUCAACUUCUGAUGAGCCAGAUAACCAGGGACAAAAAUCUAACAGUCUGUUAUGGAAGCACUACAACAGGCAAAUGCAAAAUGUACGACCAGCUGGAACCGCCAAUAGCAGGGCAAUCAUUGAAACCCAAAAAUAUCUAGAUGACACAGUUUUGUCUCCAGAUCCUUUGGAGUGGUGGCGAAUAUAUCAGACAAUUUAUCCAAAUUUAGCUAAACUAGCCAAAAUAAAAUUAAACGCAAUGGCCUUGUGA